AUUAAAACACCUUUGCACCCACCUCAUCCUCAUGCAAUCUCUGAUUAAUUCUACUUUUUUAUAUUUCUUUUACUUUUAUGUGUCUGAUAAUUUAAUUGAAUAGUAUUAAAUUGUUACAGACCAAGAAAAUCCCUCCCUUUUUAUUUCUAAAUCUUGACCCAUUUGUACAUCAACUUGUACCUCUUCGUAUCUUCACGUCCUUUCUUCUUCCUCUCUCUCUCUCUCUCUCUCUCUCUCUCUCUCUCUCUCUCUCUCUCUCUUUCCUGCGCAGAAAUAAAAAAUUUCAAUUUUUACUUCACCCCAUUAAUUGUUAAUGCAAGUAUUAUACUUGAGCUAUUCCGAAGUUUCCAAGUUUUACUUGUUAAGCCAGGUAAAUAUCACAUGCCUCACCGUGAAUUUAGCUAGGAUUUGAGUGCUUCUAUGCAGUUGCCAAAUGCCAAAUUUUGUUGGUUUCUUGAGGUAGCUUAAGAAGCUGAUGUUGCUUUUUGUUGUUGCAAAGUAGAAGUCAGAUUUGAGUAAAUGUACAUUGAAUGUGAGAGGUUGUGACAAGGUUCGGAGUAAGAAAGGCAGAUUACGGUUGAGACCUUUUAUAUUUUUGGGAUCACUAGAUUACAAGCUUCCAGGAAGGAUUGUGUCUAAGAUAGUCUGAUAUAAAUCCAAUAUACUGGAGGAAUUUGUCGAUACAUUGCUAGUAGAAAACAAGGGUUUCAAGUCUUCUUUUUAGAGAUAUUGUGAACCAAGGAACAAAGUGCAAUUUGAAAAUGGGGCAGUAUGCACCAGUCUGGGAUCAUACAGCAGCAAUUGAAGUAACAAAAGAUUGGAAUGGGAUUGAUCAGGUUUUGCUUCGUAACCCUCAGGGUGCCUCUUUACGGGUGAGCUUGCAAGGAGGACAAGUUACUUCUUGGCGGAAUGACAGAGGGGAAGAGCUCCUAUUCAACAGCAGUAAGAGCAUCUUCAAGUCUCCGAAAGCUACACGAGGAGGAAUCUCUGUUUGCUUUCCACAGUAUGGAAAUGGUGGUUCACUUGAGCAACUUGGAUUUGCAAGAAACAAAAUCUGGACCAUUGAGGAUGACCCUCCAUCUCUAUACUCAUAUGACCCACAAGGAAAAUCUUUCAUUGACUUACUGCUGAAACCUUCAGAAGAUGAUCUGAAGUUCUGGCCUCACGGUUUUGAGUUUCGCCUUCGGGUUUCGCUGGCAUCAGACGGAAGCUUAUCCUUGAUAUCUCGUGUUAGAAACAUCAAUGGCAAACAAUUCAGCUUCUCAUUUGCUUAUCAUACAUACUUCUCUGUUUCAGACAUAAGUGAAAUAAGGAUUGAAGGUUUAGAAACACUGGACUAUCUAGACAAUCUGUGCCAGAAAGAACGCUUUACAGAACAAGGAGAUGCUAUAACUUUUGAAUCUGAGAUCGACAGAGUCUAUGUUAGUUCUCCAAAUCGUAUUGCUGUUCUUGAUCAUGAAAGGAAACGAACAUAUCUGAUAAGGAAGGAAGGAUUGCCAGAUACUGUGGUGUGGAAUCCAUGGGAUAAGAAAUCCAAAGCAAUGGCGGAUUUUGGUGACGAUGAGUACAAGCAGAUGCUUUGUGUUGAUGGGGCAGCGAUAGAGAAACCCAUCACAUUGAAGCCAGGAGAGGAAUGGACUGGUCGUGUAGAGCUUGUGGUCGUGCCAUCGAGUUUUUGUGAUCUUUAAUCCUUCAAAGUCUGGGCAAAAGCAUUUUAGUAAAAGGCUCAGCAGCUUACGGAGGGACUGCAAACUCUAUACUAGGUUUAUUUACUUGUUAAUGAUGAUGUGUGAUACAUUUAGAGUCAUUAAACCGCUGUUAUGAACCGCCAAAGCCUAUUGUUUUUUGGAAUGGCUGUUUGGUGUUUUAUCUUUUGAAAGAGAGGUUUUCGCAGAUUAAAGUUUGCAUUGGCAUUAGUAAUUUCAGGUUUGCGCAAAUGAUACUGUCUUCGUGACUUAAUAUCGUUUUGGACUUUUUGGUGUUUUUUGAGUAUAAAUAGCAUAGCUUCCCCCGUGAUUGCCACUGUA